AUGGGCAUGGCGAAAUCGAAGUGGGUUCUCGGAAAUGGAUGGUGCUGUCGACGUCAUUCCCAAAACCAACACUUCCAACAUAAGCUCACUCACGAUUUCAAACUCACUCACUGCACGCCCAAGAAGACGAUGCCGGCGCCGUACUCAGCAAUUUUGAGGAACAUGGGCAUGGCGAAAUCGAAGUGGGUUCUCGGAAAUGGAUGGCUGCACAUCGCUUGCUCUGGGAUGCUUCGCCGAUUGAUUUACGGGAGCAAGCACAUCGCUUGCUCUAGGAUGCUCUUGAUUAUAUUGUCUCUGUUGAAGCUAAUGCAUUCUUUCCUGGUUUUGAUUAUGAUGGUAGUGGAUGGCCAGAUUUUUCUCUGUUGA